AUGGAGACUAGAGCUCGAUCGUGUCUCGUAUUCUAUUUGAUUGUUGGCGUCAUUGCACUCAAUCUUUAUUUUCUCGGUCAACUCUAUAUACAACAUCAAAAUAAUUCAGACAACGAACAACAACAAGAACACCAUCUGCAUCAGCAUGUUAAGCAAAAUUUUGAGAAUAUUCCUAAAGCAGAUGAUUCAAUUGCGGACAAGCCAUCUUUUAAUCUUAAAAUUACCAAUGAAUUUCUGAUAUUAGAUUGGACAGGUCAUCAACAUAUUUUCCGAGAACAAGAUCCAAUCAAAUGUGAUUUCUCCGAUAUUACUCGUGAGCAAUGUACAUCAAAAUUUGAAACAGUAACAAAUGAAGCUCUUCGAUCACAUUUGAUUGAACGCUGUGCGCGUUUGCCAAAAUUAACUGUUCGAUGGACCGAUGAUCAAUCGCGUCUGAAAGAAGCUGAUCUUGUUUCGUAUCAUUCCAUUCACAUGCCAUCAAAUAGCUUACCAAAAUUAGAACGAAGUGAUAAACGGCAACAAUAUUCAACAGUCUAUGUACUUGAAAGUGAAGUACAUUCAUCUGGUGGUCGUGACUGGCAUGAAAUCGAUUUUCCCAUGUGGUAUAAUCUUGCACGUUCAUAUCCGGAACCAGCCACUUAUUUCGAUGUGAAACUCUAUUUGGACAAACUUUUCGCUCCUGUCCGUGUACCAUUUACCGCUAAGACAACAUCUGCUCCCAUUGUAUGGAUUAUAUCUAAUUGUAACGCAUACAAUGGUCGUCAAACUUUGGUUCAACAAUUGAUGACUUAUAUUCGAGUCGAUUCCUAUGGUAGCUGUCUUAAUAAUGCUCAGUCAGCCCAAGCACAGGCACGUGCACAAUCUAAUGCCGAAUUAUAUGCAUCGUAUAAAUUUGUUAUAUCUAUCGAAAAUUCCAAUUGUGAAGACUAUGUUACAGAAAAACUAAUCGAUGGUUUAUCAUCAACAGCUGUUCCUAUUGUGGCCAGUCGAAAUGGCAAACCAGAUUAUACACGAUUUGCACCGCGACACUCGUAUAUCAAUGUUUAUGAUUACAAAACAGUUAAAGAACUCGCUGAUCAUUUGAAGUAUCUAUCGAAUAAUGAGACAGCUUACAACGAAUAUUUAUGGUUUAGACGCGCACCCGCAAAUAAAUACGCGGCAUCAGGCGCUACUGAACGUUCAUUGAGCGAGAAUCUUCGUUUAGCGGAUGAAAUCUUAGGUAAAAAUGCAUCGAUGCGUGAAUGGUUAUUGACAAAAGAAGCUAGUAUAAACAAAUAUUGCAAAUUAACUAAAUUUAUUCAUAUGACCUAUUGGAAACUCAUCUAUAAGAGAAAGAAAUAUAAUCGACCAGCAAUAAAUGAAGUUUGUUUACCUUCCGAUGAUCUUGGCGCAUAUUUCACCAAACAAUCUACUCCUCCUCUUGUUGCUGCUGAUUAA